GAUUCAUGUCGAUAGCACUGGUGAACACACGUGUGGAAAAGGCUGUAACGAGUUUGAAAGAAGCCUCUAAUGACAUCUUUCAAAGAUUCCCCGUCCCUCGGCCAACCCCUCGAGACAUCCAUUAUUACAGUCCCCCCCCUUAUGAGUCUGGUUGGUACGCAGUGAUUUUUGUCAUUGCUGGUCUUCCGAGCAUCGCUGCUGGGGUAGUACUUAACAAAACGAGUUGCAUUGUUGACCGGUUUUGCCACAUCUUCAAUGUCACAUGCACACUAUUGUGUGGGAUCUCAAUGGGUACUUACAUCAUUGUUGUGAUAGUGUUUUGGAGUUUAUUGGACAGUUCUUCUACCUAUGUAUGCCACAUAGACAAAACGUACUCAGUUCCGAUCUGAACAUUGCUUCACACGAAGUUGCUGUAAGUGACCCGACCAUUGCAUCGUAGUCCUGGACUGCCGACGAAAUGCGUUCGGACGCACAGGCACAGUUUUAUGUAUAAUUCUAAUGAAACGACUAAAACGUCAUAUUAAUUAUUAUUUUAUAAUUCCAUUCUCAUGCUCUUUCAAACAUUAUUUCAAAUGAAUAACUGAAAACAAAAGUCAGUGGCACUGUUUAGGACAUUUGGCUUGGCUUUAUUUAUUUAU